CACCUCGACACCAGCGUACAAUUGGCUUAUCACCAACAAAAUCAACAAUGUAUAUACAAGCUGCUCGUGUACGAAUCAUUCAUCACCGCAUAUGCGUCAAGAGUCGAGCCUCUGCUCCAGCUCCAGCUCCAACCUCUUGCCCUCGCCAUGCCAUCUUCCUCACCCUUACCCACAAUCACGCUCCUUCCUCCACUAAGUCUCUCGACAUCUCCUCCACCUCCUAAACCCCAAGUCUACAUCGCCCCUCUGGCUAUCUGUGGAAGCGUCAUCAUAGCCGUCAUCACUAUACUCUGCAUCCUGCACUUCCACAAAAACAAACCAAUCCUCAACGCCACCAAGCCCGCCCAAUACAGAGAGAGUCUAGUUCAUCACCCCCACUCCAUCAUGCUCCCCCCUUACUCCACCGCACGGCCGGAAAUCAGGAUAAUCAGACCCGACACAGACAUGCCCUUUCCCUUAACCCUCCCACCCGCAACCCUCACACAUCAAACUUCCACCACACCGUACAUGGAAUAUCCAUCCCCCGAGCAAACAAACUACUUCGACCCCCCACUCUACACACACCACCUCCUCACGCCCCCGUCCCCCGCGCAAUUCCCAUUCCCAGCCCACCACAGCCCCGUCCCCGCUCGUCCCGAAUCCCCACUCACAGCAAUGCGCCGCGUCAAACUCUCCGAACGCACCCGCGACGCAGAUCCCCUACAUACACAUCUCGAUAGCGCGCAGCACCGCCACCAACAACAGCAGCAGAUACAACGGACGCGCGCAUGGGCUUACCAACCUCCCUUCCACGAAGAACAAGACGCUACACGCGCUUCGUUUGUUUCAGACUCGUAUACCGUGUGGUCUGAGAUCGAGGAGGAUGGUGGAAUCGAUGCCGCAUAUGCGGGGAGACGCAGGGAUGUCAUGGCGAGGUCUGUGUUGCCGCUUCCGGAGCGAUUUCGCGGGAGCGAGAUUAGGGUUGAGCAGGACGAGGAGGAGGUAUUAGAUAUUAGGAGAAGGAGGAUUGAGGGGGAUGAGUAUUAA